CCUACCGCCUAUAGCAUCAGGCCUUUUUGUACUCGUGGAGUAUGCCUCGUAAUAAAUAACGUACGAGAAUUAGGGUCUGGGGUAGAAGAAGAAGUAGAGAACAAGCUUAUUGGCACGUUCAAGUGCUUCUCCUUUGAAAUACGAGUCCGACGCAAUCUUAAGACGUUACAAAUGUACCAAGUCGCCAAAGAAUUUGCAGACAAAGAUCACAGCGAAUUCGACUUAUUUGUUGUCAUUAUCAUAUCACAUGGUCAAGGUAAUGACAUUUGGGACGUUGAUGGAGGGAAGGUAAGCCUUGAACAAGUGAUGACCGAGUACACAGCAACAAAAUGCCCCUCUCUGCGGGGCAAACCCAAGAUGUUUUUUGUUGAGCGAGUUACAUUCGUGCAGCCCCCUAGCGUCGAGGAUGGUUCAAUCCAAGCGCAAUGUUCCACAGAUAGAGGGACAGAGCCGCGUCCAGCUUUUCCCUUGAACGUCGGGAAUAAUUGUCCUGAAGGGGCUGACUUCCUGUUAACUUGGAUGACCUCUGCAGUUGACAAAGCCAAGCCAGUGCCGGAGGAUUUGUCUAUUCAGGUGUUGAUCGAGGCCAUUAAAAAGGAUGGCAGGCACCUCCAUAUGCUUGAUAUUUUGACUAAAGUGAACGAGUGUAUGGCAGACAAACAUCGUUCAAACGGAGUCAUGGCCGCUCAAGUGUCAUAUCAGAAUCAUACACUGAGAUCUGAAGUGUACCUAACUAACGAGGGCUAUAGAAAGGAGGCGAAAGUACCCGACAAAUUGACUCAGAAGACUGCAGAACUUUCGGCCAAGUUUUAA